AUGACCGCACUUCACUGGGCAGCUUUGAGAGGGCACGGAGAGACCUUAAGAAGCCUUCUGGAAAAGCUCGAACUUUAUCAUUGGAUCAAUAAGACAGGGGAAGACUUCGAGGUCCCCCCCUGGAAUCAGAAUGGUUAUAUUCCUUCCAUCAUAAUUCCUUAUCAUAAAAGAACGAUCACAGUCAUUAGGGGAAAGUACAGCGAAGUGUCAGUCAGUUUUCAAGUACUCUGCAGCGAACACUUGGCUUGGAAACCGAAGAAACCUUAUGAUGAUAUACCCGAAACUGCAGUAGUAGCAUCCACAUCAAGUAAAGGGGAAAAACUUUACAUCGGGCGUACUUACGUUUCUUAUUCCGGUAAAGAAGUUAUGACCCCUGGAAAGGUAUCUGGAACUGACAGAAUUUUAAUCAUGCCAUUCUACUCCAAUGACAGUAUGGUGACCGAUAAAAAUUAUGAAAUACUAGUUGUCAGUUAUUAAAACAUUUUUUUGAUCGACUAACAUCUGGAAUCAUUUUAAUUAGAUAUUCAAC